GAGGGAGGGAGACAGAAAGAGAGGCGCGAGAGAGGAGGAAACAGGCAACGCUGUCAAACGCAACUCAAGAGUCCAAAGAGACCAGAGGACUGUUUGGACUUCAGUUGCAGUUUUGUCAUUUGUGGAGUCAUACAGAGCUUACACAGGAAGUUCAAUCGAAACGGGACUUCUUCGUUGGACAUCUUUGGCUGUGGAAGUGACCGGCUGGAUGCGAUGGACCCGCUGCUGCCCGCAGACACGGAGGAAGACAAGGAUGCGAGGAGGAAGAUCCAGUUCUCUGUGCCUUCCUCCGUGCCCACCCAGCUGGACCCGCGACAGGUGGAAAUGAUUCGACGUCGGAGGCCGACACCAGCCACACUCUUCAGAUUGACAGAACCACCAUCACCAGAGGAAGACAUCGGCCCUCACCAGUGGGUUCUGGGGGAAAAUGGAGCCUUGAAAGCCAACCUGGUUCACACGUCAACCUACCAGCCACCCUCACUUAAAGCUGUCCAGAAGAUGUGCCAGGCCCACCUGGCCUCCCUAGACAUGUCUUCUGUGGACAAAGAGGAUCCCUCUUCUGGGGAGGAAGAGGAGGAACGUGAGAAGGAGAGCCAGCAGACAGCCUCAGCUACAGAUAUAAGGGAAGAAAGCAAACCUCUCAGGGAUCAGUGUGCUCCACCGGACAGUUUGACAGGAAGUGCUCAUCUCAGCCGUCACCACAGAGACAAAGAGGAGGCCAAAGAAAGAGAGGAUGUAAAAGGAGAAUGACAAAAGAAUAGGGCUCCAAUGGAGAUCGAGUGUAAGUGUGGAACAGUGUUGCAUUGCACACGUAUGGGCCAUGUGUGUGUGCCUGCAUGGGUGUGUGUUAUUUGGGUCUGUGAGUGUGUGCAUGCAUGCGACAAAAGAGUUGAAUGUGGAAAAGAGAGAGAGAGAGAGAGAGAGAGAGAGAGAGAGAGGAAAACAGACAGACAUUGAAGAAGGUCAGAAUAUUAAUGAGCAGGUAUAUGGAAAAGUUUAACCUGAAAUCACGUCUGGCCAGGGCUGAAAUUCAAGUCAGCCAAGGACAAUGUACAAGAAAUAUGAGAACUGCAUUUACUCAAGCAAAUACAUGUUUUUUUUAGGUUCAGGAUUCCACAGCAUUCUGGGACUUUGGGUAGUUUUUCCAGAAAACUAUAUCCAUGUGUGAAAAAUCUGAUUUUGAAUCACCUUCAUUCACAUCAUGUACAGGGCAUGCCAAAUAAUGAUACUGGUCCUAAAACACACAUCUCAAGAACAAUUGGAAAGAGCAGAUGAUGCACACAGCACAAGAUGAGAUAAAAUACCAUAUUAACCAUCUAAUGCAUAUUUUACAAACAUGUAAGAUUCUAUUUUAUCUGUAGUAUCUGAAGUUCUAGGGUCGUUAUGAGGUUAUUUUAUAUUAUGUCUCACACAGUUCGACCAGACAUUAUGAAUAAGGUCCAGAGGCUAUUGUGUAUGAUACACAGACAUGGUACACUAUAUUACAUGAUAUACUACAGUGUGAUAAGUAUACAGUACACAGUUAUAUUGCAGAGCCAAUCCCUAUUGGAAUUUAACCAAGGAAAUGUAGGGCUGCUUCCAAAGUUAGAACACAACUUUUUUCAGUUUGCUAUCCUCAACUUUGUAGACAUUUGCGUCCAAGAUCAAGGAAAUCAGAGUAUGGCUUACAGACGUUUUGAGCGCAGUCACAGCCACAUCAGACCAGAUUAAAUCAUAUCAGACUAAUCCAACUAGUCACGAAAAUGCAGCAGUUUUUACGGUUUCAUAUUAUGAACAGGCUUUUUUGUAACACGGCGAUUAGCAAGCAUGAUCUGUUUGUGAUGGCAGAGAUGAUCGGUGGGGACUGAAAGAAGACCUAUUAUUUAUUUUUUUUAAACAAUAUAUAUGAUGAGUGCAAAGGUUCAUUAUUAACCUUGAAUAUAAAUGUUUUUUUUGUUUUGGUUGCUAAUCAAACAAUUAUAAUGGGUUGUUGUUGGUAUUUGUGUGAUUGUAUGUCUGUAAAAGGAAUCUGUAGGAAUGUAAAAUGCUCCAGUCAUAUUUCUUUUCUAAGAAAAGAAAGACAAAAGGCUUCAUAUGGCAUUUUAGUCAACACAUGGAGUCAACAUGUAAUUUGAACGUGUGAUAAAUGUGUUUGGAUAUUGCAAAUGACAGCAGACAUUGAGAUUGAUUAAAUGAAGACCCUGAACACCUUUUUGCACUUUUAUGAUCUUUGUUCUUGUCCAUUUGUAAGCAGCCUCGGAUGUUUACAGACUAUAUAUGUGUUCUUUACCACGGCUAUUAGCAACAAGUAUUAGUGAAAUCAGAAAACAUUUACACAUUUUUGGCUUGAUAUUUGAGGAGAAACUCAAGAUGGCAGAGUAAUGACACCUGGUGUUCAGUACUUCUAAUUACACAAUCAUAUUCUCAGAUGCAUAUCUAAAUUUGAUCAUUUAAAAUAAAGCAAUUUUUUAGCUGUA